UGACCGUGGUGACCUCGGGCCGGCUGAAUCUCUGCGGAGGAGGGGUAGGGUGUGGGCUGGACAGGGAGCCUUUUUGUCUUGGUUUAGGACUGUCCUUGGUCUGCGUUGUUAGGAGCAAGUCAGGACCUUGUCGGACUUCGAAGGCCUGUCAGUGAUGAUUUACUUUGUUGCUGGGAUUUUCGGAGAGGUUGGGGCUCGACGUGGUCUGGUGGUACUGGUUACGUUGCAAGUCUUUGCUGCUGGAAGUAGUGUUCAUUUUCAUGUGGACUGUGAGUCCCCACUGGCAGGAUUGAAGUUUUUGAGUUGUUUUGGGGUGGAGAAGCUGUGGAAUUUUACCGCUGUGGUGGUGUUCCCAGUUAAGUAACUGAUGAGACGUGUGACAGACUGAUUCUUUCUUGGGUUUGGAUAGACGGUGCCCGCCUGAUCUUUGGUCCUAGUAAGUUACAUCACGUUAGAGAAGUGUUACAUGAAGAGAGGGCAGUCCGUGUACUGAGUGCCUGCAGAGGCAAGUCUUUUUGUCUGUUUGCUAGGAUUGAUGAUAGAGCAUUGUUUGAGGCAUUGCUGUUAACUUUGGCAGAAUCAUUUUCUGCACGUUCUACUUAGCUCCCUGUGAAACUUACAAAAUUAUAUUAUCGGUUUUACUGAUUGAGUUAUAGAACUAGGAUUACAGUGUCAUGUGUAGAGAGGGAUAUUUUUGCAUUCCUUGCUCAGUGUUUAAUACUUUGUAAACAUAAUUACCACUUGUCUCUGAUAGGUGGGUGACAAGUAAAAUCAUGCACGUAUACUGUGGAUGAAAACACACUAGUGCACUGUGCAAAUUAAAUUUUUUUUUUUUUUCUUAUCAGGAAGGUUGCAAAGAGAAUAUGUGCAUUGGGACCUGGGCUGAAUUAGGAAGUCAGGAAAUUGGGAUGAGUCUUUUCUCAUGAAACACUAUGCCUGCAAUGGAUACUUGAAGUAUGAUUCAGCAGUAAUGUUUGGCACAAGAUAAGAACUUCCAAAGAAGCCGAGGUAGAACUGAGGUGGCACAUAGAACCCAGUAAGAGGUCCAGUAGACAUUUGUUUCUGAUGAAGAGCAAUCAGUAGUGUAUGUUCCAGGAAUUUCUACGGAAGGAAAUGCCAGAUCAAGACACAAGUUGAGUCCAAAAGCUGAUGUCAAACUUAAGACUUCCAAGGUUACUGCUGCUUCAGUCUCCAUGGAGUCUUUAAAAGGUGCAGGAGACUCGGUAGAUGAACAGAAUUUCUGCAAGGGAGGAAUAAAGAGUGCAUCAUUGAAGGAUUUAUGUCUCGAAGACAAAAGACGCAUUGCAAAUUUAAUUAAAGAACUGGCCAGAGUAAGUGAAGAAAAGGAAGUGACAGAAGAACGACUCCGAGCUGAGCAGGAAUCAUUUGAGAAGAAGAUCAGGCAGUUGGAGGAACAGAAUGAACUGAUCAUCAAAGAAAGGGAAGCUCUUCAGCUACAAUAUAGAGAAUGCCAAGAACUUCUCAGUCUCUAUCAGAAAUACCUAUCAGAACAGCAGGAGAAGCUCACCAUGUCCCUCUCAGAACUUGGUGCUGCUGGAAUGCAGGAACCACAGGUAUCCAAUAGGAAGAGCACUCUUCGGUCUUCAGCUAUGGAACUGGAUGGCUCCUACUUGAGUGUAGCCAAAUCACAAACCUGCUAUCAAACCAAGCAGAGGCCUAUGUCUGGAAUCCAAGCCUCCGCUUCAGAAUCCCUUGUGGAGUUUAAGAAUAAUUCUUUGAAGCCAGCAGAUUUUCAUUGUCCUAAAGAGGACCAAGACAGGGUGCCAUUAGAGACCAGAACAUGUGAUUAUGGAUCCCCAGGGAGAAAACUAGUAGAUGCAGUCCCUACAGAGAAAGCCCCACCAGCGGAAUUGAAGAUGAAACAAUGCCAACACCUGAAGCCUUCUCCAUCCAGUCAGUGUUGUGGUCAUAGACUUUCUGAAAAUGAAGAUCAUGUUCAUGAAAGUCAUCCUAUGCACAUGGCCCCUCAAUAUUCCAAAACACAUCUGGAAUCAUGCAAUAAUUGUGGGCUUUCCUGGGCAUCCCUGCUGCAUGGUCAAGGAACACAGCAGGCUAGUGAAACUGAUGUCAGAAAGCAACUCUCGGAAAAUAGAAGGCAGCAACUUAUGCUUCAGAAAAUGGAGCUGGAAAUUGAAAAAGAGCGCCUUCAGCAUCUGCUGACCCAGCAGGAGACAAAGCUUCUCCUGAAACAGCAGCAGCUUCAUCAGUCUCGACUGGAUUAUAAUUGGUUAAGAAAUCAAGCUGUAUUUAAGUCAAGAGAACUCGUUGCUGCUAAAGAGUUUACUAAACCCCGAGAACUCAAUCUGGAUAUGAAUGGGGAUGACUCUGGACCAAGUUUAUUGAAGUCAAAAUAUUCUGACUGGCUGCUGGGAGCAUCAUCAUCCAUCAAAAAGUACCAGGAGUCCACUAACAGUGGUGAAAAUAGAAGGGAGAAGAAGACAGUUGGGUUUCAAUCACAAACAGAAGAUAAUGCCCUAUGGACAUGUCAAAAGAAAGAUGCAUAUCGACCCCAAAGAGGGACAUUGGCAGGAAUUAGAAAAGAUGCGUCCACAUCUCCUAUGACAACAGGAAGCCAAAAGGAGCUUGUAAUCACAACCACAUCAUCACUGCAGCAUGACACUUCCCGGUAUGAGACCUCUCUGUUGGAUUUGGUUCAAUCUCUGAGUCCAAAGUCUGCUCCCAAACCUCAGCCCCAUCCCUCCAGAGAAGCUGGGGCCUGGAAUCACAGUACUUGCCGAUUUAGUCCUCGAAAAUCAAUCUGGAACAAGGUGGGGGCAGGCAGGACCCCUGAAGACCUGGAGGAGAAUCAAAUUCUGGAAGAUAUCUUUUUCAUUUGACAUUGAAACACAUGCUACAAAAUUUCCAUCAGAAAUGUGUGGGCUUCUUUAUGUACUGAUCUAGGGUGUUAAAUUAUUUGAUGGCAAAGUAACCGUGUCUCUCCCAUACUAGCAUCCUGUUGUGUAUUGAACACAGAAAUCAUUCUACGAACCCGGAGUGGUUUUGGUCAGACCAAUCAGUAGGUAACACAUUAAGGGGUUAUGGGGGUGGAGGGUAGUAUCUUUUCUAGGCCAAGCCUUGUCAUAUUCGGCCUGAUUUCAAGAGUGUUUCCUUCUCAAUACUUUAUUGGAAAAGGUUGGCUUUCUUUCGUAUACAAGGAAAAUGUUUUCACUGAAAGAUCCCUCUGAUUUCAAAGUAGCCCCUUUGUAACAUAAGCAGUUUCAGAAAGACCCUUUACCUCUCCUUUACCUCUGUUCCCUCACUGCCUGCCUCUUUGUACGCGUAGCCAUUGAAUCCCAAAGUUGGAGCUCCUGUGCCUAUGCUCACAAGCAACCCUGGGGACUAAUUGUGAGCCAGUAUCAGUAGUCAUCAGCCCAGCAGCUGCCCAUCCCUCAACCAAGGGGCACAAUGUGCUAGGGGGAGGGACCCACCCAACCCUUGGAAACCAGCAUUAAAUCACACAACAGAGUGACUACCCUCAGGAAACAAAAUGGAGGCACAGGCCUAAAGUGCUUUUCCUGCCGUCCACCCAUUUCCCAGGAUAAAUAAGAGCAAUAUCUCAGUACGUCUUAUUGGCCAAGUGUCUAUAUUCUUCACUCUUUGGAACUGCCCGUGGCUGUAUCUGGGGAAGAUGGCAGAGCUAGAGAGGGGCAUCAGCUACCACAGGCUGAUAGGCUCUCCCCGGGCCUCCCUCCUACCUAUGAGGAUCAAAGGCCCUGGUGACCAGGCCUUUUAUGUGCUCUGCUCAGGAUCACUGUCCCACUGUCUCAUGACCUCAAAGAACCAUCUCUACUUGCCAGAUUCUCCUUCACCACCCCAGGCAGAGUCUCUCCAUCUUUCCCACUGGGCCUCCAUUUGACCCGAGAAGGCCUGUGGAAGAAGUACACUUGAGGCCUCGUUUUCUCUCUGUUCUCCUAUUCAGCAGAGCUCUUAAGAUGGGUCCUUCAGCUUACAAUGGGCUCUGGUGGGCACUCAUGCUGAUCGGCAGCAUGAUGAGCCCGGUAGAGCCAGUGAGUUUAAAACUUGUCGGUCAUUGGAAGCAAGGGGAAAAUGUGUCCCCAGAUGUGUAUGCUCAAUGACUUUAUUUGAUCUGGAAAGUGUUGCUUUUUUUCUCUCCCUUUCACCAGUCCCAGGCUUGAAGUAGGACCAAGAGUCUUUGUCAGUUAGUGAGCGUUGGUAGCCAAAGUCAGGCCACCCAGUGCAAACUGCAUUUAGUGAGCCUGCAUGGCCUUAUCAAAACUAGAUUAUUCAAGCCUACAAAAGCCUUGUUAAGCAGAUUCCUCAUCAGAAUGGAUCCUAAUUUCACUGUCUCUUCAGGCUUGAGGCCCUAUCAUCUCUACUCAGCCUUCCUUUACUUGGGUCUUUUUGCUCUUUGGAAAAAAGAAUGGAACCUACCAAUAUCAUAUCCUUAAUUCGAGGUCAAGAUUAACUAGGUUUAGGCAUUCAACUGAAAGGUUGAAAAAAUACUGCCAAUUACAAUGUCCUUUUAAAAUUCACCCCUGUGAGAGUAACUGAGUCCAUUUCAUCCCAUUUCAACAAGUGUUUGGAGUUUCUUUUGGUGUGGCAGAAGGGGUAGAAGCUGAGAGCCUUCAGCCAUUUUCUCAAUUAAAUUUAAGUUUCCCAGAACUUUCUUUUCCUUGCCCCAGGUGUCAUGAGUACCUUAAGUACAUCCCCCCUCGGAUCAGCCAUAACGACACUCUCCCGUUUGGACGCCGGUGUCUUUAUAGCUCUCCAGAGUAAGAGGGUGCCAGAAGGACCAAGAAAAGGAUUAUGAUUUCUUUAAGAAGCUUGUUUGCCUUUAGAAGAAUCAUAAGUGAGAUUUAAGCUGAGGUCUUUUGGGGUGAGUCUAUCACAUGCCACAGAUUGGAGUUUAAUUGCUUCUUUACCUCCCCCUGCAUGAGCAAUUUGGAAGAGCCAAGAUGAAUUUUCAGCAGAACAUCAAUCAACGUAUUUUUCAUAUGCUACAUUCCCCCACCAGUUGCCUUUCUGUAUCCUGUGGGCACUUCCUGUGUGUCAGGGCAGUAGGAUGUGAAUUUGUGUCUAAUCCAGUAUCUUCCUUAUGAAUUGAACAGUGUAUGUUAACAUCUUACUCUGUCUUGGAGAUACAUAUGUGGAGAUACAUAUAUAUAUGAAAAGGUUCUUGUAGGACCUCGAGGCUGUUGUAGAGCCUGGACGCUUGACCUAAUUGCAGAUAUCGUAUGAAAAGAGGAGCAGACACAGAGGGGUCAGGCUUUCUUCCUGGUAAAGUACUCCCAAAGUGACUGCCUCCAGCUGCUUCCUCAGAGCAAGACUGGAUACGUAUUAGGAGAGCUGCACAUAGGGCCACAACAUUGCCUACCCUGCUACCCACUAUUCUGUGAGAGAAAAAACAACCAGUGUUUGCAAAAUGGGAAAAGGCAAAGUAUGUCCACCAAAGCUCCCUACAAGGGCCCAAAGUGCCUGAUUUAGGAAACUAAGGUUAAUCAAGGAAAAGCUUUUGCUGACAGUCAUCCUUCCUGGAGGCACACUUGUGUUCAUCCAAACAGACCCCAUGGUGGGGACUUCUCUAGAAAACCCCAAACGUCACGAGGAAGGAAGGGCCCUCUCCUUCAGAGCUGCCCUUGGCUGUUGGCCCAGCUCCCAGCACCCAGCUCCUACGAGAGAUUUGCUAGCCAGAGACUCUGGGAAGCAAUAGGCCUAAAGGAGAGAGCCGGAUGAAGUCUGCGGUCAUUAAUGAGGUGGAGAGGCUACAGCAGACUCCUCCCAGCUCGUGCUUUAGCCUCCCCUCAGUGCAUAUUGUUUCUAAUGUGGGCAACUGUUCAUAUACAUGAGAGAUUUUAAGUUAAUCAGUUAGCUCCAUGGCUAUCCUCCUCAUGUGGUUGUGGUAUCGAAUCAUCCCUUCGACACCCUCCUCAGAUCUGUGAGGCGUAACUUGGAAGCAAGAGCAGCACCACAAGUUAUCAAAAUGUUGUUUUCCUCAGUAUGUGUUAAACAUCAGGAGCGUGGGUCAGCUCAGAGAGAGGAAACGGUUUGCCGCAAACUGUUAGGUUUUCCUGGUUGACUCCAAGCCACUCCCAUCACGUGGACCCCAAGUCUCCUCUAGGCUGUGUGGUUGCUGGAAAGGAAGUUUCAAUGUACAUGCACCCCUGAGUCCCUUCCGCGUGCCUGUCACCCAAAUUGUUCAGCAAGGAAGAACAAUCACAGCACUCGGACACAGGAAAAAUGGUCCUGUCUAGGUGGCUUUAGGUGCUAAGAGAUGCUGGGGAGGGCUUGUGUGCCUGAAAUGCCUAGUUUUGAGAUCAGACUCGUGGAUCCAAUUAACAGCCAGAGACUCUAUCCUGCCCCUUUUUCCCCAGGUCAAUCUGGCACCUCCCCUUGAUCAAGGGGACUGCAGGUAUCCCUCAGAGGAGGAGGUGGCAAGACCACAGUCCUCACUCAACCAGCUCCGAGCCCUGUGCGCCAUCUUGUUCAAUGCUUAUGAUAUUUGUACUUUUAAAAAAUCAUUUCAGGGGGGCGCUUGGGUGGCUCAGUCGGUUAAGCAUCCGCCUCUUGAUUUCGACUCAGGUCACGAUCUCACAGUUCGGGAGUUCAAGCUCCAUGUCAGGCUCCGCGCCGACGGGGCGGAGCCUGCUUGGGAUUCUCUCUGUGCUUCUCCCCCGCUCGCUCGCUCUCUCUCUAAAAAUAAAUAAACUUUAAAAAAAAUAAUAAAAAUACAAAACCAUUUCAGUAUAUAAGUGUCUCUUGUAAGCCACCUUUAAUUCUUUGUGGAACGAGGACAGGGAAACACGUACACGUGCCUAAGUGUUCAGCAUGUUAUCUUGUGCACCGAUAACGAACAUGAGGCCUGACCGACCCUAACUGAGGCCAUCGGCCAGUAAAGAAUAGAAUUCCAACUCAGAAUCUGGGGGUGGGAGGGCCAUUACUCCCUUCUCCCCCCUCUGUCUUCCGGUCAAACCCGAGUAGUAACGAGUCCUCCUCCUACUCCUCAAUCUGCCCCCUCCGCCCUCUCUGCUGACACGUCUCUAGGACAACAGUCUCUGUGUUGGGCUCCCUGCUAGAUGGCCUGGACUCAUCCUUGAAAGAGUGACCUAACCCUCUUUGCCUUGCUCUUAUCUUGAAAUGGGGAUCGUGACAGAGGCUACCUCGGAACUGUCGUGAAGGUGCUGCGAGCAUGUCGAGCACUCAGCACAGGUAAAUAAGCACUCCUAAGGGUUACCUGUUAAAUUUUCUCCGUGAAGCGACCAGGGUCAUCUUGCCAUGUCACGCCCUGGCUUAAAGCGUUGGAAAGUUCCAGUACUUCAUUUCCUAUUGCACUUAAGUGGGAGCGUGGCCUUCUGAGCAUUAAUGCACGAGGCUCUUCAUGGUUUGGCCCCUUCGUUUCCCUGCUGUUUCUUUCUCUUGACUUCUGUGCUCCAACCACUGUGAACUUCCUUAGUUACUGAAGGCAGCGUGAUACCCUUCUCGCGAGCUUCUCAUGAGCUUUCUUAGCUCUCUGUAUAUCCUCUAUCACAACACUUACUGUGCUAGGACUGCCUGUUUAUCUGUUCCCUCCUUUAGAUGGUAGGCCCCAUGGUGGCCAGAAUAAGAUGUUGGUCUUAGCCAUCACUCAGUCCCAAAAAAGGAGCAUGAUUCCUGGCACGUUACAGACUCUCAUCAUUAUCAGUUAGAUGGAUAGGUAGGUGCACGGGUGGAAGGGAGGAAAGGAGAGAAGGAAGAAAUCAAACAGAUGUGUGCCUCCAAAGUUCAGUACCCUGAAUACUCCAGGCUGCUUACACCUCUCUCACAGGCAGAAAGAGAGGGCUGUACUGAGGGGUCUGGGGACAUUCUAUUGCUCCCUCUCUAUUCCCACACUGACUCACAUUUUCUCUCCAAACAAAUCUAAGACUUAACAACUUUUCCUGUUUAAAAACCCAAAGGACUCCACGAUGCUUACAGGGCAAGGAGCAUGCACUUUAGAGUGACCUACCAGGCAGGACUCAGCAUCUGACCCCACCUCCCUCAUCCACCUCACCUCCCUCCUCUCUCUGCUCUAUUCACCUUUCCAACUCACAGCUAUUGGCCACCUCCCAAAGACACGCUGCUCUUUGCCAUCUGUGUGGCUUUUCCACAUCUCUGUCUCACGGAUGACUUUCCCAGACCUAGCUCAGCUGUCACCGCUUCCAUAUUCUCCUGAUCCCUCCGGGCAUCCUUAUAGACUCUGCUUCUGCUAAUGCUCCAGAGAACCUUCUGUCCUAUCCCACCUCAAACUGUGCUGUAUUGUCUUGUGUACUGUUUGUCUCCCUAUUAGCAUGCUGAGUGUCCAAAGACGACAAAUCUUGACCUUGGAAUCAACUCAGCCCUACCACUUGUGAGAUGUACACAUUUAGGCAAGUUAUACUUUAUAAAUUUAAUCUUUAUUAUAAAGUUAAACCUUACAGGGGCACGUGGAUGGCUCAGUCCAUUGAGCAUCUGACUCUUCAUAUCGGCUCAGGUCAUGAUCCCAGGGUCGUGGGAUUGAGCCCCGUGUAGGGACUCUGUGGUGAGCCUGGAGUCUGCUUAGAAUUCUCUCUCUCUCCUUCUGCCCCUCUCCCCCACUUGCACUCGCUAGUUGCCUCUCUUUCAAAUAAAAAAAUAAAGUUAAACUUUAUCAAUUAUACUUUAUAAGCCUCAAAUACAGUAAUUUAUAAAAUCAUUUAUAAAAAGGGAGUGGUAAUUCCUACCCUAUGAGUUGGUGCCUCGAAUGCUGACCUAGCCCGGGAAAACUAGCCCAGAGGAAAACUAGAAUGAUUAAGCAAAGAUGCCCAUGCAAGGAGGCUGAGGCAGGGUGUCCAGUGGAGGCAGAGGGGGCUCCCUGGAAUGUAGGGACCAGAAGUCCCAGGAACAAAGAGCAGUGUUGGGAUGCGGGAGACAAGAGGUGUUCGGCCGGAAGACCAGGUCCCGUCCCGUCUGAGAUCUGCACAAGGCAUGGGCGCCGGCCCCUCCCUCCCCUUCCUCUGCGGUCCAUAGCUGGGCGGCCUUGGCCCGCACCUCACUGGCACCACCGCACAGACAACAGCCCCGGCCUGACCGCCACCAGGAUGUCCAAGGCCCACGGUCCUUCACCUGUGCUGCAGUUAUAAACCCUGGUAUCCCUGCUCUUUGUCCUUCUCUUCCCCUGUGCUGAGACGAGGGGCUGGAAGAAGGGAAGGCCAGCUGUCCCGCCUCUUGUCACUGCCAGCCGAGACUCCAUGAACCCCCCCAGCCCUGGCUUUCAGUGUCCUCCUCCCAGCUGGAGGUGAUUUAAGCUUGUUGGAUUUAUAUAACAUUGGGAAAUGGUAAACUGUGUAAAUUUGCUAUGUUUUCCAGGGACAGUUAUUUAUGGAGAGGCAUUUUUAACUCAAGUGCAGAAGUGUUAAAUCAUUAUAAUAAAUUCAUGCUAUUCAGACUUUCUUACAUUGUAAUAAAUUUUUUCUAAGCAUGAAUGAGGAGAUCCAUGAUUCCUCUAAUAUACUAUUAUGUAUUUCUUCUCAAAAUGACACAACUUACUAUAUCAACGUGGAGAAUAAGAGAAGGAGAUUUACUGCGAUGGAGGGGAAAAGGUUGAGUAACAAUGAGUGUGAGAAGGGUCUCGGGAGCAGUGACCCCAGGCAGAACUUCUCCCUGCCUCUCUGCUUGCCGCACACCUGCUGGGAGGAGAAGCAGGUGCAGCCCCAGCAGGGGAGGGCCAGCUAGGGCUGCGACCCCCAAAUCUCCCAGCUGAGCUUAGGAAAAGAGCAGAGAAAUGGGUAGGGGCCCCGGGGCUUCCGUCCCACCCUAUGCAGGGGGAGGUGCCGGAGUGGGCGGUCUCCGAAAGGAAAAGCCCCCUGGUCUUCCAAAACCUUCAGUCCCGGGUGGAGAGCGGCCCUGCACACGGCCCUCUCCUCACCUGUCUCCCACCUCUCUGCUCAUCUGGACCAGAGGGUUCGUACCUUUCAUCAGAUCCCCAAAGUUCAGGACACAUUGGUCUUCAGUAAGCUCUGAGGCCUUUUGUGAUCGUCCACUAUGCACUGGGCAAAGUCCAACGAUAUGGGUUCUGACCACCAGCAGCACACAGGCGCUCCUUCGAGCUGCAGUUAAGAGCUCCCAGAGGCCAGAACAACAGCCCCCGGGAGGGAGACUUCCAUCAGGAUCUUCCCAGAGAUAGGGCACUUUUGCUGGGCGAGGGCAAGGACAGGAGGGUGUUCCAGGCAGAGGAGGAGCAGUGUGUCAAAGGCAUGGAGACAGAGCCCCCCAAAGUAAGCUCACGCGGACAGUGUUGAACGCUAGGCCUGGUGUUCAAAGUCAGAGGAGUGGUGGGGUCCAGCGGAAAGACACCCAUAUAGGUUCCAACUAUCGCUGCUUCCCUGCUGCCUGUCACCUCCCCAGCUGGUGCUCCCAGAUCCCUCCUUAAUAGGGAAGGAAGAGGGAAAUUGGCCCCUCCAAUGCCCGGUCCAAGUGGCUGACAGCUAUCUUCAGGCUGACCCAGCUAAUUCCAAACUGGCCACCUGUUUUGUUUUGUUUUUUUUUUUUUUUUUUUUCCAUUUUAUUUUGAAGUCAGACUUACAGAGAAGUUUUGGAAAUACCGCAAAGAAUUCCUGUAUACCCUUCACCCAUAUUCCCCAAGUGUUAACAUGGUAACUCAUUUGCUUCAUCAUUCACUCUUUCCCACACGUAAAUAAACACAUCUAUUAUUACCUUUUUCCUGAAGUAUUUAAGAGUAAGUUGCACACAUAAUCCUCUCUAAUAGUUUGGCAUGUAUUUCCUAAAAACAAGGACAUUCUCUUACAUAACCACAGUACAGUGAUCAAAAUCGGGAAGUUAACAUUAACACAGUGCCGUUAUCUAAUCUACAGACCUUAACUGACAUGUUGCCAGAUUUCCUUAUUAACUUUCUCAGUUUCCUUUCCUUAAAUAUCUUUUUAACAAAGGAAAAACAAUGCUGGCUCAGAAUCAUACGUUGCAUUUAGCUAUUGUGUCUCUCUAAGAUGAGUACGAUCCACUUGUUUGGUUUUUUUUUAAGCUUAUUUAUUUAUUUUUGAGAGAAAUUGCAAGCAGGGUAGGGGCAGAGAGAGGUGGAGAGAGAAUCCCAAGCAGCCUCCACCCUGUCAGCGCAGAGCCCAACUCGGGGCUCGAACUCGUGAACGGUGAGAUCAUGACCUGAGCCGAAAUCAAGAGUUAGCCACUUAACUGACUGAGCCCCCAGGCAUCCCUACAAUCCACUUGUUUCAUAAAAUGUUCCCCAAUUUGGGUUUGUCUGAUGUUUUUGUAUGAUUAAAUUCAGGUGACGCAUUUUCAGCAGGAGUGGGUAAUGCUGUGUCCUUCUCAGCACAUCGUACCAGGAGGCCCAUGACAGCUAUUUCCUUCAUUCCAGGGCAUAUUAAUGUUAAUCACACGGUUAAGGUACAACUGUACAGUUAUUAACCUUUCCUUUGUAACGUAUUAGUCUGGGAAGGCAGGGGUACUUUGAGACUGUGUAGAUAUUGUUUCCCUUCUACCUUUUACCCACGAGUUUCAGCAUCCUCUGAUGAUUCGGCACAUUCCAUUUAAAUCCUAGUCUUCUGCUGGGUUCUGACUACCCUCUUUGACCAGCCCAGUCCUAGACAAGAGAUUGGAAAAGGAGACAACUCAUUUCUCUUCAUCAUGGACUUCAGCUAGGGAGGGAGCCACAUACACAGAGCAGCACAGAACAGCGUGGGAACAGGGCCCGGUGACGUGGUCCCCACUCUGAGGUCAACAGGAGGUCACAGAAGAGGUGCUCAGCCUGAUCUAGAGCCCCCUGGGGCAAUGGACCCUGAACCAAGGUCAGGGAGAAUGUGAAUGGUCAGAAACCUGGAACAACAUGAGAAUCUGUGUCCAUAAGACAUCUGUGAGGGCCCCAACAAGAACUUUUCCCAAAUGUGUAUCAUCCCCCCAGCUCCCAGUAAUGAGAAGACCAGAACCAUCGGGCUAUCUUCUAAUCCCUGUGCAGAGCUGGGGAAGAUGAAGCCGAGGGGCCUUGCUGGGAGUGUGCCAGGCCUGGGCUGCUUCAGAAGGGGUGCAUGGGAGGCAUCCUCCCUACACCACUCUGCUUCUCAUUCAUUUGGCAACCAUCGUCGAGCUCCUUCUAUGUGCCAGACCUUGCGUGCAAUGCCAAAGGCCCUAAUACCUCAAGUAGUUCUUGAUUAAAGGGGAUACCUUGAGCCCAGAGGCAUCUUAAGGUUGUCAAGCGCUCAGGACAAGGCGUCAAGUGUCAAGACUUGCUUCAACUUCUGCCCAGAGCAGAGAGCAGGACAAAGUGGUGGGGAAAACACUGUUCUUUUCUCUCAUUCGGGUGGCUCUUAUCUCAAGAGCUAGGCUGAGGGCUUUCACAGCCUCCCUCCUCUGCCCUCUCUCUUCUCCAGGGCCCUUCCCAGCACUUAGCAGAGAGCUGGACCAAAUCCUUGAGACCCAGGCACCGGCUCACUUCUGCAGAGGAGGAAACUGAGGCAGAGGCCUGAAGCCUUUCCAGGACAAUCCUGCUUCCACCCUUCCCGUGGUUAGGUUGUGUGUCUGUGCGAGUCUUGGGAAUACAGUCAGCGAAGAGGCUUCUGAGUGAAGAGUCGUGAUGCAAGUGCCUGGAAUAGGUAGCCUCUUCCAAAGUAAUACAGCGAUUACAAGCACAGAAUCUGCCAGCAGGGGACCAGGGCUCACACCCCAGCUCUGCCGUACCGGUGACUUUCAGUACACGGCUGAAGCUCCUCUGUAAAACCGGGUCCAGGGUUAUCGGGAAGACAGCUGGGAUGGCAUCAGUGAAGUAGCCAGGACAGUGUCUGGGUCAUCAGUGGUGGGGGGAGGUUGUUUUUAAACAAGGCCCUGCAUCUUCCCCAGCAUAUUCCCCGCCUACCUAAGACAUCUGACAGUUCUUCAGAAUGUCUACCCAUGGGCCACUCCCUUGGGGCUCACCCUCCAGCGCCCAGCCCAAGUGUCUCCUCCUUAGACUUGGCCCCUUGCCUUCCAUCCUCAGGGUCGCCCCCAGCCCUGCACCGCACUAUUCCGCAGUUGUCUUUGUCAGGGAACCUCAUAUGGGGGAAUGAGUGUAGCUGAUUUUUAUUCUGGGCCCCAUUACUUUCUUGCAGUGGCAUUUUGGGCAAGUUACUUACCUUCCCCAAGCCUCUUACUGUGAUUCACGUGGAGACUCUGGAAACUACAAGAAUCCUCAUACCUCAAUUAGUGGAGUACGGGGCCCUCAGAAAUGGUUACAUUUUCCCCCUUGAUUCUGAGUGGUGGAGAACCAGUUUGCAUCGAUCUUGAAAGUUUGUUUAUAGUUUUCUGCAGAGUUCAGUGUGCUGGGGUAAACAAAGCUGUCACGAACUCAAAAGGUUUUGAACCUCAAGUGGCUACAUCAACUAUUAAUAAAUAUUCCAUUUAUGAAUUUC